GUGCUGCUGCCGGUACCGUCCUUGUCCGCCAGCUCCCUCCGGGCUGCCCGUCCAUCCCUCCGACCGUCCGUCCCCUUCUCCAUCCCCGCCCGCUUUGUUUUCUCGCCGUCCGCGGGCUCGGGCCCCCCACGCCGCUGCCACCCUGAAGUUUCUGGCGGUGCUGCUGGCGGCGGGCAUGCUGGCUUUCCUCGGGGCCAUCAUCUGCAUCAUCGCCAGCGUCCACCCGGCCGGCACCGCCGCGCCCGCAGCCGCCGCCGCCGACAAUGACUCGGCCGCCGCCGCCCUCCUGCCCGCCGCCGACAAGGGGCUGGGAGCGCUGCACGGCCCCGCCGAGGCUCUGGCCAGCGCCGGGCCGCGCCUGCCGGGGGGGCCGCCGCUCUUCAGCCGCUUCGUCUGCACCCCGCUGAGCACCGAGUGCCCGGCCAGCGGCACCGGCACCGCCGCCGGCAGCGCCGCCGGCCCCGAGGAGCUGCUGGCGCUGCGGAGCGCGGCGGCCCAGCUGCGCCGCACGGCGCUGGAGCAGAAGGAGCGGAUCCGCAUGGACCAGGAGACCAUCCGGGAGCUCACCGGCAAGCUCAGCCGCUGCGAGGGCGGCCUGCGGAGCCCCCCCGCCGCCGCGCCCCCCGCUGCCGCCGGGCUCCGCGCCGCCCCGCGCCCCGGCACCAUGGGCCACCCUCCCGACGAGCCGCCCGCCGUGCGGGAGCUGGAGGAGGCUGUCCGCACCCUCCAGGACCGAAUCGACCGGAUAGAGCAGGAGCUGCCAGCCCGCACCAAUGGCUCAGCACCCACUGCCCCGGCACUUGCCCGUGAUGCCCUCCACACCAAGAUGGAGCAGCUGGAGGAGCAGCUCCUUUCCAAGAUCCUGACCCUGCAGAAAGAGCGCCAGGCCGCCAACACUGACCGCAGCCAGCAGCAGCACAACAUUGAGAAGGAGCUGAACUCCCUCCAGAACCGGGUGACGGAGCUGGAGCACGGACCACAGGGCUAUAGCCCUCCUGACGCCUUCAAGGUGACCAUCCCGGUGCAGAACAACUACAUGUAUGCCCGCAUGAAGAAGAGCCUGCCAGAGCUGUACGCCUUCACCAUCUGCAUGUGGCUGAAGUCCAAGGCCCUGGCAGGCAUUGGCACCCCAUUCUCCUACUCUGUCCCCAACCAAGCCAACGAGAUCGUGCUGUUGGAGUGGGGCUCUAACCCCCUGGAGCUGCUCAUCAACGACAAGGUUGCCCAGCUGCCGCUGAGUCUGAAGGACAAGGCCUGGCACCACAUCUGCGUGGCGUGGACCACCCGGGAUGGCAAGUGGUCAGCGUACCAGGAUGGCGAACAGCGGGGUGCUGGUGAGAACCUGGCCUCCUGGCAUUCCAUCAGGCCCCAAGGAAUCAUCAUCCUGGGCCAGGAGCAGGACACGAUGGGGGGCCGCUUUGAUGCCACACAAGCCUUCGUGGGAGAGCUGGCACAGUUUGGCGUCUGGGACCAUAUGCUGGCGCCAGCAGAGAUCCUGGGCUUGGCUAACUGCACCUCCCACCUCCAAGGGAAUGUGAUCCAGUGGGAUGACCAGGCGGUGGAGGUCUUUGGGGGUGCCAGCAAGGCGGGCUUUGCCGCCUGCGAGGAAGGGAGGAAGGCGUGAGUGGCCCCCAGCCCUUUUCCCAGCGCCAAGGAGCCCGGUGGCAGCCUCGAAGCAGGGAGCCCCUUUCUCCCCUCCCAGACCAGUAAGCCUUGCUGGGGCAAUGCUUAAGCCCCCCGUGCUGGUGUCCCAGGAGGGAGAGGGGCCCCUGGAAGCCUCCCUGUUGUCCCUGUGCUGGUGCUGUGGCUUGUCCUCAUUCCUGGCAGGCUGGCUCCUGAGUCUCAUCUUGCCUCACUUCUGUUUUGGGUGGAACUCGCUGUACCUGCAGGUGUCCUUGGUACGGUGAGGGUCCUCACCUUGUCAGACCUAACAGGGAGUGGGAAGUAGAACUCCAUCUACUUUGAGUGCA